ACAUGUAACAUGAAGCAUACAUUACGUCAUUACCAAGGGAGAGCAACGGAAGUCGAUCAAAAGAGAGAGAUAGUGUAUAGAUUCUACUGAUAAUUGGAAAAAUGAAGUCUUUAGCAAGAUGGUCUGUAGAAGAAGAAGAAUUAGUAGCAUGUUGUGGCAGCACCAAGUUCGCUAAACAAAUGACUGCUUUAUCCCCCUUUUCCCAUCUUAAUCACGCCGUUGAAGCUGCUAGAGACAUCUGGUUCAACAAGAUUGAUGUUUGUGGAUGGCUUGAAGCGUUCUCAGCUCAUCCUCAGAUUGGUCAAUCUCCUUCCUCCUCACAUGGCAGUGAGACCAGUGCCCAGUGGAGCAAGGGAGAGCAGUCAACUGCUAUGAAAUCAGCUACAUCCACUACAUUACAGGAACUGGCCGAGUGGAAUGCCCAAUAUAAGCUAAAGUUUGGGUUUGUCUUUCUUAUUUGUGCAUCAGGGAGGAGUACUGCAGAAAUUCUGGCUGAAUUGAAGAGGCGCUACUCAAACAGGCCUGUAGUCGAGCUUGAAAUAGCAGCCCAGGAACAGAUGAAAAUAACUGAACUGCGUCUUGCCAAACUCUUCUCAGCAAAAUCAAGCCCUGCUGCAGCUACUGAAUAUGAACCUGCAUCUGUCACCGCAAAAGCUAAUGAAGAUCGCCUGACCAUGAUUAAUGCUCAUCUCAUCCCUGCAUCUGAAUCUGAAUCUUCCGGAGAGAAAAAAUCUCAAGUUCCAAAGAGGAACCGGCCACCCAUCACCACCCAUGUCCUCGAUAUGGCACGUGGUGGUCCCGGGUCAGGUAUUGAUGUACAAUUGGAUGUAUGGAGGGGCCCGGAGCCUCGGCCUUCAUUUCCCGGAUCAGAUCCAAGUGGUUGGACACUUGUGGGAUCUGGUAAGACAGAUGAUGAUGGUAGAAGUAACCCAUUAAUGAACAUUGUUGAUGCAGUAAGUCCUGGUAUAUACAAGAUAAGUUUCAACACAGGCAAGUACAAUCCCUCUGGGUUUUUUCCUUUCGUCUCUAUAGUGUUUCAGAUUACCGAGUCCCAGAAGUUCGAGCAUUUUCACGUGCCACUGCUGCUAGCUCCUUUCGGGUUCUCAACUUAUCGUGGAAGCUAGAAAUUUAAACUUUUGUGGUUUAUUUUCCUCACAAGGGAAUUAGUGAGCUACUGAAAGCUGUUUGUUAAGACUGAUUGGAAAAUUGGUUUCAUUUUUGUUAAUAGUAAAAUGUUUUACUCUGUUAAACCUCGAGACCUAAUUCAGAGAGCUAAUUAUUUAGCACGGAAUUAAGGUCUGAUGUAUACUUGGAUAGUUAGAUGAUUUCUUCUCCGAUGAAUAGAGAAAUGCACUUGAUUUGAAGUA